UUCAGCUUAUAGAUCGCAAGCUACGAAGUUUUCUUUGAUCUAUGUAGUCCAUCAGUAACAUCUGGAUGAUCAAUGUGGCUCGUCGUCGAGUCGCCGUUGUCAAGUGUUUCCAGUCAUAGUAUAUAAAUGCUCAGUUGUGUGGAAUCAUUUUAGGUCCAACCAGCUUAUCUCGCCACUCUUUCCAGUUAUUUUCGGUCUUCCUCGUAAACCCGAUAAAUAUCUCCACAAUGAGUUUCAUAAAUGAUAGUUUGACUACGAUACUUCAGUCCACGGCCACGACCUCCUCGGAUUUAGUGUUGUCCACAGUGACGAGAAUUAUUCCACUAACAUCUACUUCAUCAACCAGCGACGGCGUUGGAGUCAUGGUUACUAGUCCAGAAAUUACCCACCCUUCUCCAGGGGUAAUCGCUGGCAGUGUUAUCGGAUCCUUGGCCUUUGUUGCUGUUCUCGCUCUUCUUUUCGUCUUUUGGCGACAAAGGAAACAUCGCAAAAGGACUGGUAACAACACUGGUGAUGAUACCGGUCCGACGAGUGUUGUACCUGAUCGGACUAGCAUGUCACCAUCACCAUCCCCCUCUGUGCGGACGAUAUCCAUCUUAACUACCACUUCUGUGGCAUCAGACCUCCCGAGGAGACUAUCUCAGUCUUCUCGAAACGCGUACGAAGCAGAGAUCGAGCGGCUACGGCAGCAGAUUAGGUACAUGGAAGAGCAGACACAGUUUAUGCAGAGUGCUACCCCACCACCAUCUUACCGCUCUUCACGUAGGAGUGACGUUUCGGAUCCUUUCCUUUCUUCGUUGACACUGCCACCGCCAUUACCUUUGCGCGAGACUCACCAUUGAUGCAGUUUUGUCUUCUUUGUAUCGGAUGAACUUACAAGUUUCUUCCCCUUUCUACUCUGGCAGUAGGGCCCAAGCGCCCAC